CUGUAAGCCCUGCUCAGCCGCCGAAAGAAUGUCGGCUGCCCCCCUUCCCUCUGGCUCGGCCACUCCGCAGGCCGGGCUCGGGGCCGCGCCACAGGCGGCUUCGCUGGCCGGCACCGUGGCUCCCGCCCCGACCGCCGGCGCUGCCGGCGUCUCCACCUCGCAGCCGCUCCUGCGGCCGAGCCUGCACUCGGCCCUGCUCCGGCGGGAUCUGACCUGGCGCGCGGCCUCGCGCGCCACCCUCGGCCUGGUGAGUGUCCUGACCGCGGCCUGCGUCCGCCUCGGCUCCUACCGGCGAGUGUAUGAGGGCGACCGGGUGAUCGGGCUGCUGGAUGUCCGUGACGCGGCCAAGGCCGGCCGGCAGCCCAGCCCGGCUCUGGCCCGGCAGGACCCGCUCUUCUCCGGGGCCGACAUCGGCGAGUACCUCCAGCGCAUUCCCCCCUCGUCACACCAUGCCGACAGCCCGCCGGCCGAGGCAUACUACCGCCGGCCUCUGAUCACCGUGUCCAACCACCGGUCGGUCUUCGAUGACCCCCUGACCUGGUCCAGUGUGCUGCCGAUGCGGCGCCUGCUUGGGCCGAGCUCCAGCUACCGCUGGACCCUCGGCGCCCAGGAGCUGUGUUUCCUCAACUCGGCGGUCGGGACCUUCUUCGGCCUGGGGCGCAUCAUCCCGGUCCUCCGGGGUGGCGGGUACCGGCAGCCGGGGCUCGGCCUGGCGGUGGACAUCAUCAAUGGCCGGAUGGGCAACCAGCCGACGUCCGGCUUCGAGCCGGGGAUCGACGCGUCGUCGGUCCCGACCGGCAAGUCCCCGGCCACCACCCCGCCGGUGCAUCUUCUCGGCCCGGAGGAGCUGGUGCAGCAUGCGCGCGAGCUGGCCGACAGCGUGCUGGCCUGGCUGCAUCUCUUCCCCGAGGCGUACGUCAACCAGCGCGAGGAUAUGAUCCCCCUGCGCUGGGGUGUGGGUCGCUGCAUCAUGGAAGCGCGUCUGCCGCCGGUGGUGAUCCCGAUCUGGCAUGAGGGCUUCCAGCUGAUUCUCCCCGAGCACCAGGCCUACCACUUCCGCCCAUGGAACCAGCUGGACAUUGCUGUUGGCCGGCCGAUUGACUUCACCUCGCUGCUGGCCCACCACCGGGUGGCAGGGACAUCGGCCGAUGACAUUCGUGCGCACAUUGCCGAUGUCAUCACCAUGCAUCUGCUGAAUUUGCAGAGCGCGACCCUGCGCGCGCGCAAGCGCGCCAUGGACAUCGUCGAGGAGCAGGUCCGUGUCCUGGCCGAGGGGAAGCUCUCCCCGUGGCAGCGCCUGCGCGGCCUGCUCCCGGGGAUGGUGACGGCCCCGGCGUCCUCGGCGGCGGCCGAUGGGUCCGGCGCUGGGGAGUCCCUGCGGAACCUGGACGCCUGGCGGGUGGCUCCGCCGCUGGCUGGGCCGACGGACCCCAUCUCGCCGGAGGCCAUGCUGGCGGUCACCCGGCGCCGGGCGCCCUUCUGGAAGUUGACUCGCAUGUCGGCGGCCGCGCACCCGGAGCGCGUUGACCCGGACCGUCUGUAUCCGAUGCAGCAUGCCGAUGUGGAUGAGAUUGAGCGAGACCGGCACACCCGGCGCAUCGGUGCAGCGGAGCAUGCGCGCCGGAUUGAGGCCUCCUCCAAUGAUGCUGCCUCGGCCUCGCCACGUAGCUGGUGGACCGAGCUGAUGGACAUGCUGGCCCCGACGGACUCGCUGGUGCAGGCCGACCGCCCGCUGCCUGGGAAGAACGCCGGCGCGAAUGCCGGCGGCCAGGGCCAGUGAAUGGGCGAGAAGGAGAGAGAGAGAGAGAGA